AACAAUGAAAAAAAGAAGUCACGUGUAAAGGAAUACAGCAGGCACACAUCUGGAAGGUUUCCCUCUCAGGACAGUCUGCCGCAGGACCCUACCUGCUAAUGUCCUCAUCUGUGACAUGGAGAUUAAUCACAACUGCCAUCUCCUGGGACAGGGGAGAGGAUUACAUAAAUUAUACAGGAAAACCUUCAGAAAUAUGCCUAACAAAGGCAAGUCCACAAUGGACAUUGGAUGUACAUUAAUUUUAGCACUUACCAUUACAGUUGAAACACAACAUUGCUUUGAAAAUGAUUCCACAUGUGACAUCAUGCUCAUGAGACAGUGGCAAGGCCCAGGGCAAGUAGAAGCUGGUUUCCAGAGACUGCUCUGACUCACGACCCCCAGCAAUUGCAGCUUACUCCCUUCCUGGAGGCACCCAGAUUAUAAACGAAAUUUGAUUUCUCUGAGUCCUCAUCUGCCUGGUGACAUCACAAUUAACUUACAAGACCCAAAGAUACUCUGGUGCUUGUUCACGUGGCAUAUUCAAAUCAUCGAUGAAAUAUUUCAGUCUCUGAUUGUUGUGUUGUUGUGGUUGUUACAGAAGAGUAAAGGUCAGGUUUCCCAUCCGAGUCGCGAGUCAACAGCAAAUCAGAGGCAGAUACACACGGGGGCUGAACCCAGCAGGCAUGGCCCCAUGUCUCUGGGCAAUGUCUCUGGGGUUUGGGAUCCCAGGGGGAAUGGCUGAGUGGGUGUGAGAACCAUCCUGCCCCACCCCAGACAGACACAUUGGUACCGGGAUCUCUUUCCAGAUUGGGUGCCCUCUUACCCUGUCUGCCCAGCACUCAUGGGACUCCGGAAGCCCCAGAACUGCUCAUACCUGUGGUUGAUCAGGAAACUCUCUAAGCCACCACUUCUUCUAAAUCCUGAACCAGCUCCGCCCUCCUAUCACUGGCCUGCCCACUCCUGCUCACAGGGACCUCACUUCUUACCUUGUCCCUGGGGAGCCAGCCUGGCCCGCGGGAUGUCACUGCUGGAGGCCGUCAUCUUCUCAUCUCUCUGGGCCUUUGGCCUUGGGCAGGGGAAACUGGAACAACCUGAACUAUCAAUUUCCAGAGCAAGGGGGAAGAGUGCACACAUAUCGUGCAAGAUGUCCACUGAGGUCAUCGACAGAGCCAUACACUGGUACCGGCAGAAGCCAGAUCAAGAGAUAGAACAUCUAACACUCGUCUCAACCCAGCCCGUUCGAGUUUCUUUAGGAGGGAAGAGCGACAAACUUGAGGCAAGUAAAAACGCUCACACUUCCACUGCAACCUUGAAAAUAAAUUUCUUAGAGCAAGAAGAUGAGGCCAUGUACUUCUGUGCCUCCUGGGACUGGAGCCACAGCACCAGAGUUGCCAGGAGAAGCUGCACAAGAACCGUGCUCGGGUCUGGGUCCACCCACAUCCUUCUCCACAUGGGCAACCACAGAGGCCACACAGCCCGGUGCCCAGCUGGAGCCUCUCCCUCUGCAGUAGUUCCUGACCUUUGCAGGAAGACACUGUAGAUUCUGCUCGCACAGCGAGCCCCACGUGAUACCAGCAAUGACGAUCCCCGUGAAAGCAGUUUGACACUGGUUCCCACUGGAUUGAGCUGUCUGGGAACUCUGAAAACACAGCGUGGAUGGAUCAGGGAAAAAUCCAUGUGUCCGUUAAUUCACUGUAGAGACAGAGGUUUCUAGCACCCGAGUGGCUCAGAAUGGAGUGGAAAGGACAUAAAUAUUUCCUGUCAUUUUUACUUUCUGAUUUAAUUCACGGGCAUUACAGUUCUUCACAGGUGGAAUGAUCUGUCAGACAUAAUAAUGAGGCCAUCCUGAAGGAAUCUAGUGACCGUGAAACCAUGAAGUAAACAACCAGCUCUUUGGGGAAUAGGAGACACCAAGGUAUAAAUUCUGUACCCUGGAGAGAUAGACAGUGCCUCGCUCCACAUCCAGGGAUC